GAGCAGCCCGUGAGCACUUGUGCUAAAGUGGACUUUAUUCACACUCCUGAGUUGAAUAUUAUAGGUCGCUCACUCUCGAGUCCUGCAAUUUGGAGGAGCUGCCUUUGGAAAUGAGUUCUGGGAACUGAGGACAGGACCUGGAUGCCUGUAUCAGGCUUACCUCUUGCCUUGACCAAAUCUCUGUCCUUUGGAUCCCAACUUCGCAGUGCUUUUGAAUUGAGUUGUUGAUCAGAAUGGCUUCAGGACGGUUUUACCUGUCCUGCAUGCUGCUGGGGUCCCUGGGAUCACUGUGCAUCCUCUUCACCACCUACUGGAUGCAGUACUGGCGUGGCGGCUUUGCCUGGGAUGGCAGUGUGCACAUGUUCAACUGGCACCCAGUGCUCAUGGUCUCUGGCAUGGUGGUACUCUAUGGAGCUGCCUCGCUGGUGUACCGCCUUCCCUGGUCGUGGGUAGGGCCCAAACUGCCCUGGAAAGUUCUCCAUGCAGCACUGCACCUGCUGGCCUUCACCCUCACUGUUUUGGGGUUGGUUGCCGUCUUUCGGUUCCACAACCAUUCAAAAAUCACACACCUCUACUCCCUGCAUAGCUGGCUGGGCAUCACCACCGUCAUCCUCUUCGCCUUCCAGUGGUCCAUGGGCUUUGCCAUCUUUCUCCUGCCCUGGGCAUCUCAGUGGCUGCGAAGCCUCCUGAAACCUGUGCACGUCUUCUUUGGAGCCUGCAUCCUUGCCCUAUCCAUCACGUCUGUUAUUUCCGGCAUCAAUGAGAAGCUGUUCUUUGUUUUGAAAAAUGCCACCAAGCCCUACUCCAGCCUGCCUAGUGAGGCAGUCUUUGCCAACAGCACCGGGCUCUUGGUGGUGGCUUUUGGCCUACUGGUUCUCUAUGUUCUUCUGGCUUCACCAUGGAAGCGUCCAGAUCCAGGAGCUCUGACUGACAGACAGCCCCUGUUGCAGGACAGGGAGUGAAGCGGGCGGGGCUCCCGGGAGCAGGCGGCGGCGGCGCAGUCUCUGCUCCUCAGAAGCUCUUCUGUACUUGGGGCUCCUGGCUGGUUUCAGCAACAGACUUCUCUUGGGCCGGAGACCAAGCUUGCUACACCAGUUCCCGGCUCGCUCUCUCCAGCCAUUUGCUGUCCAUCUGCUUUUCUUGAUGGCUUUGACUUGUUGGCAUUUUUUCAAGGGCCUCCUUGCCUUGAUCAUUCAUGUCUCUUCUGCUGGUGUGCAGAAUUUGGGCUGCUUUCUCCUCACCACUCCUGGGGAUGUGGUAGAAACCAAAGCUGAGGCCCAAAUGUGGUCCAUACAUGCAAGAUAUAAAGUCUGCUCUCUGUGGGAGCAUUUGUCUCGUUAGGCAGGCUUCCUCUGCUGUGUCUUGGAUGUGCAUUGGGGUGGGCAGAGACGCUGGGAGAUAACUGAUGGGACAGGAGCAGCAGAGAAGGCUCUGCAGUAGUCGGGUGCCGGUCCCUCGGAGCUGCUCUGUUCACUUGGGUGUGCUGUGUUGCGUGUAUUGUGACCACGUGGCUCCCCCUCUUCUAGUUGCUGCUUCAACUGCUGCCUGGAUCCCGCCCUUUCCCCGUGACUUACAUGCCUGCCCCGCUCAGGCAACCCUAUGGGCCCUGGUAAACUGUUCUCCCAAGAACAGACAGCCUGACCCUAGAGUCCCAAGUGAUGGGUAACAGAGGUUUCAGUGGCCUUCCUUUCUGUCCCCUUGUGGGCGUGGGCUUUCCUGCCUCCUCUAGUCUCGAUCUUCCCUGACAAGGCCCAGCCCACUAUGAAACUGAAAACGGCAUCAUGAAGCAAUUUGCUGGACAGAGUCCUGGGAACCACUGCUGCCUUCGAGGUGUUCCUUGUUGAGUACUGGGCGCUUUUGUCCCCACCCCCCAUCCCCACCAAGGCCACCCAGCCUCCAUGGUAUGCCAGAGUGUGUGCUUUGAUCUUCUCCUGAAGAGAAACUGGGUAGAGGGAGGAGUCUUGCCCCUCUCCUUUGUAUUGGCCUGUGGCACUUCAUGCCUUCUCAGAUCAGACGGCCAGGUCCCCACUGCAGACCACUGUACUUAGCAGACCCGUAGGAGGAGUCGAGUUCCUGCACUCCCUGCAGAUAAUGAUCAGGCUGAACUUCAACCCUGCUGCCAGAAGUUGGCAGGAGACCUGGCAUAGACUUCCUGACCAAAUGAAGCCUGCACACCAUGGGUAUCACUGCUGGGCACAUUGGACAUGACCACCUCCCGUGGUUUUCUACUUCUUCAUGAAUCUGAUUUUUAUUAAAUGUGUUUUUAAACAUUAAA